CUUGACCGUUUUCUAACCUAUUUGCACUCUAUUAUGGGGCUAUUUUCUUCCUUCUUUACUCUCGUUAAUCCUUUAUCUCCCUUCAGAUUUGUUAAUAUAUUCAGCUAUAAAGCUGUAUCCGAACUCACUUUCAUCUGCUUCUGCCGUGAAACAGACGUCCUUCAUAUCUUCACAGACGACUUCUGAAGUUGUUUUCUUUUGUACAGUUCUCUACCCUCUUGCUGGAUCGCCACAGAUACCAUCUCUGUUGCCUGAUUUUCUUUCACACUUAGCGGGGUCAAAAUGCCCCAGAAAUCCAAAGAACUUCUGGAGGUUAAACCUCUCCUGAAGACCAGGCGUUCUCCCAGUCGCUCUCCAAGACCAAAAGAUCGCAAAAAGGCAACAGCCAGAGCUUCAAAUUAUGGAUCAGAAGGUGUCGUGAAUAAUGACAUCUUCUGCCUCCCCACCUCCGACUACAAGGCCCUCGCAUUCAUGACGAUUGUCGCAGCAAUUGUCCGCCUAUUCAGAAUCUACCAGCCUUCGAGUGUUGUUUUCGAUGAAGUACACUUUGGCGGUUUUGCAUCCAAGUACAUCAAAGGCCGAUUCUUCAUGGAUGUCCAUCCUCCUCUUGCGAAGCUCCUCAUUACGCUUGCAGGCUGGCUCGCUGGAUUUGACGGGAAUUUCGAUUUCAAGGACAUUGGCGCGGACUAUUUGGAGCCAGGCGUACCGUACGUUGCGAUGCGCAUGCUUCCCGCUGUUCUGGGUGUACUCACAGUUCCCUUGAUGUUUCUUAUUCUGAAGUCGACGGGGUGCCGGACCAUAACUGCAAUUUUGGGUGCUGGGCUAGUAACUUUUGAAAACGGUCUGGUCACGCAGUCUCGUCUAAUACUCCUCGACUCGCCUUUGGUAUUCUUUACCGCAUUAACGACGCUGUCAUUCACAUCUUUUACAAACCAACAAGAGCUGGGACCAUCGGCCGCUUUCAGUGGAUUAUGGUGGUUUUGGCUGGUCAUGACCGGCCUUAGUCUAGGCGCCACCCUCAGCGUUAAAUGGGUUGGGCUUUUCACAACUGCCUGGGUCGGCUCUCUCACAAUCCUUCAGCUCUGGGUGUUGCUUGGCGAUAAUAUCACCGUGACACCUCGUAUAUGGUUCAAACACUUCUUCGCCCGUGCCUUUUGCCUCAUUAUUAUUCCGAUCGGUUUUUACUGCGCGAUGUUUGCAAUCCACUUUCAGUGCUUGGUAAAUCCCGGGGAUGGCGACGGUUUCAUGUCAUCUCAGUUUCAAGCAACAUUGAACUCCAAAGCCAUGCAGGAUGUUCCAGCUGACGUCGCUUUUGGUUCUCGUAUCAGCCUCCGCCAUUUUAAUACUCAAGGUGGUUACCUGCAUUCCCAUCCCCAUAUGUAUCCCACUGGAAGCAAUCAGCAGCAGAUUACGCUUUACCCUCAUAAGGAUGAGAACAAUGAGUUCAUUGUCGAGAAUCAGACCCAGCCCCUUGGGCCCUAUGGCGAAGUUGAGGGACCGUAUGCUUGGGACAACAUCACGGCCUCAUUUGUUGAAGAUGGCGCUGUGAUAAGGCUCUACCAUAAGCUGACGCACAGAAGAGUACAUUCUCAUGACCACCGGCCCCCUGUAACCGAAGCCGACUGGCAAAAUGAAGUUUCGGCUUAUGGAUUCGAAGGUUUCCCUGGCGAUGCAAACGACCUUUUCCGAAUCGAGAUUGUCAAAUCCAUGUCUGACAAUGAAGAAGCCAAGAAGAGAGUACGGACUAUUGAAACAAAAUUCAGGCUUAUUCAUGUUAUGAGUGGCUGUGCCUUAUUUUCCCAUCCGGUUAAGCUCCCUGAUUGGGGUUGGGGUCAGCAAGAAGUCACUUGCGCGAGAGGAGGUACCCUGCCAAAUAGUGUUUGGUAUAUUGAAUCAAAUAACCACCCGACGCUUCCUGAAGAUGCUGAAAAGGUGAACUACAAGAAUCCCGGGUUCUUGGGUAAGUUCUGGGAACUCCAAAAAGUUAUGUGGACUGUCAACGCUGGUUUGGUAGAGUCUCAUAACUGGGACUCUCGUCCACCGUCGUGGCCGACUCUACGUCGCGGCAUCAAUUUCUGGGGCAGAGAUCACCGUCAAAUCUAUCUCUUGGGAAAUCCACUUAUCUGGUGGUUUUCAACGGCAGCCAUUGCCAUUUACGUCCUGUUCAAAGGCGUUGCCAUUCUUCGGUGGCAGAGGAGCUGUGGUGACUACCAUAAUAUCAAUUUCAAGCGAUUUGACUACGAAGUUGGCACCAGUGUCCUUGGGUGGGCCUUCCACUAUUUCCCAUUUUACCUCAUGGCCCGACAACUCUUCCUCCAUCACUAUUUUCCAGCGCUAUAUUUCGCUCUGAUCGCCCUUUGCCAGGAAUUUGAUUUCCUAGCAAACAGAAUUGGGAGUUUACGAUUAAGUUCCAAACCAAUAAUAGGCAAAUUGCUGGCCGCGGCGUUCCUUGCCGCCGGCAUUUUCUGUUUCACGCUGUACUCCCCCCUUGUCUACGGUAACCCCUGGACGCAGGAUGCCUGCAAGAGUGUCAAACUUUUCCCUACGUGGGAUUUUGAUUGCAACACAUUCUAUACUGACGUAAGUGUUCCAGAAUGGAAGCCUCCUCGCCGCGGAUUCUAAGCAGGCAUUGUCAAGUCACUCCAGCUGACGCAGUGCAAAUCAGCUGAAUCAAUAUAUGACGCAAAUUCUACAAUCGGCUCCUGUUGUCCCAACUGCACCAUCAGUGGCACCCCCCAAACCUCCAGUAAUGCAGCAGCAAGACCAGAAAGUCCUCCAGAAUGAGGAGCAGGCCAAGGUUACUCCAGAAGCCGAGCGGCGACUUCGUGGGAGCAAAGCGCGAGUCGAGUACCGUGAUCAAGACGGCAACAUCCUGGACGAAAGCCUUGUCGCUGCGCUGCAGAAGGAAGGCAAAGUCUCCUUUGAAACUCGGUAUGAGAGACGAACUCGUCUGGAGAAUGGACACGAGGUGGAUGUGGUCGACGGGAAGGUCGCACCGUCAUGGUUAGAGAAGGAAGAUUAACGCCUUGGAAUAUUGGGCAAUAGAUACGCAGGGUAAGACCUGCUCUUGGGAUACAUUGCGUACAAUAAGCAGUGCUGUAACCAAGAAAAGGAAAAUGAGGUAACCAAAGCUUCAAAUAAUACAGGAUUGCUAGUUGACAUUGAUUCCUCUCGCCUCCUGUUUCAGAGUACGAUACACUACUAAUCAAUGUUGUCAAAAUGACUUUCUGAGGGUUGAUGCUUCCGUCUAUUUCCGAAUAACUCGCCCUGUACGCAAUAUAUUCAUUUAUCACCAUUAGCUACCUCGGGCCUAAUCUACUACCAAAGCCCGCUACGGGUAAAGGUAUAGCGAGGUCAAACCCUUGUAACAUUGAAAACGACUAUAUGCGGCUCUUCAGCAUUCUGGUUUCCAUGGCGGUUAUAGUGUACAGUAACUAGCACGUGCAUUGACUAGAGUUACAGCUCAGAAGUCCCACUCCUCCUUGCCGUACUUGUUAAAGCGAUCAUGGAGAUCCUGCCAAGGAGAAAACGAGCAAUGUUAAUGACUUCAUCUUUAUUGGCCGAUCGACGGGGUCCAAUUGAGACAAAUGGGGAAGAAAUUACCUUUGGCAAAGUGACAUUAGGGACAAUGACGGUGUUGAGAGCACUGGGGGCCUCUCUAAGAGGCUGGUUCUUGUCACCGUGAGGGUGAUAUUGGUACUUGAAGGCCUUUCCACCCUUAUCCUCACGCUCCCAGGGCAUGGCACUCUCGCCAAUGCGAACGUUGCUCUCUUCUGAAGUCACGGAAGUGGGCUUGCGGCCGAAAUACCUGUAGAUUCAAAUAAAAACGAAUUUGACGCAUCAGCAAUUAUCUCCAGGACCGACGCACUCCAACCAAUGAUUUUUGCGGCAAUUCGGGAGGGACAAUAUUUACCAUCCAGCGAGCAGGAAGGCGCCGGACAUGACACCGAGGAGGACCUAAGAAAAGCAAUUAGAUAAUUAUACUCUAGUAUAAUCCAUUAAAACACUAGACGCCAUACGUAGAGCUCAGGAUCCCUCUUAGGAGCCUUAUCGAGACCGCCCUCCUCGAGCUUAGAGGUAGCGAGAAAUCGGCGCUGAGGAACGCGAAGAGCAGCAGGGCGAGCAAAUGCCCGGCGAGCAGCAACGGCGGCAAUCGAACACAUUGUUGGAUGUGAGAUAGGUGGAUAGGAGAGGAGAAGGUGCCAGACGACCGGGCAGAGCGAGCGAGAUUAAUUGC